CACUAUGUAAACGUCAGUAUUUUCGGAUUGACUAAACUUCUCAUAUCAACUAACGGUUACUUAAUCGCUAUAAUGAUCGAAUAUCCUUUAUAACUCCUUAUCUAACGGCGAAUUAUAAACCCAUUGUAUUCCGUACAAGUUUGGUCUCUUGGCGAAUCUGCUAAGUACUUGAUGUCGCGCUUUGUUCACCCCCCCGGGCUUAAUCUAAUUCCGAUAAGCUCGAGCUAGGAUUGUGACUAAUUUCCUUAAGAGCUUGGUAAUAAAACUGUCACUUCGGCAUAUGUUCUCGCGGUCUAGAGGCGUGGUCUAUUAUAAAACCGGAAUCUGGGGAACUACCCCGCGUUAACGAGUAGCGCGUCUACAUAUCCAAAAAGGUUUACAGUCAAGAGGCAGAUCGUGUCUGCUUUGCGGGGUAGUAUGGGGAGUUCAAGUGGUAAUGCGGAGAAAUCGGCUAUCUCUAUCGCUGUAGAGGGAGGAGAUUUCAUUGUAUGAUGUCUGGUAGCUGGUCGCAUUGCCUUAUAAAGAGGACGUACUUUAACUAGAUUGGGUCCUCCAAUAUGUCCCAACCUCCUACGAGUAACCCCUCCACGAUAUGUUGAGCUGGAGAAGAUGGAAAAAAUCGAGCCUCCUCAAUACUUCGAGGGCAACACCGAAGAGGGGAAAGCCGACAAGUCUCUUCAAGAGACCAAUAAUGGAGAGUUUGAUCACAACCGCAGCAAGCUCUUAAACCGACGCCUCGACGUCCGGAUACUCCCAAUAUGUUGCUGGUUAUAUCUACUCAACUUUCUAGACAGGGGAAAUAUAGGUAAUGCCAGGGUAUUGAAUCAAGAGACCGGAGAUGAUCUUCUUCACAAGACAGGGAUGUCAAGUAACGGAUAUGCUCUUACCGUGACCUUAUUUUCUGUGGCAUAUACCCUGUUUGAAGUGCCCUCCAAUUGGGUUAUGAAACAUUAUGUAGCCCCCUCUAGGUGGCUAGCGAUACUGUUGGGUAGCUGGGGACUUCUGACUUUGGGGUUUGCUUUUGUUAGGAAUUAUGCAACGGUCUUAGCAUUGCGCUUGCUCAUCGGCGUGUUCGAGGCCGGCUUCUUCCCCGGCAUUGUUUACCUCAUAACAAUCUGGUAUCGACAUAAUGAGCGAGCCGUUAGGAUAGCCUUUGUCAUCGCCUUUUGCAACCUGGCCGGGGCAUUCGGGGGAGCUAUCGCCUAUGGUAUGGGUACCAUAAAUGGCGCAGCUGGAGUCGAGGGGUUUCGCUGGCUCUUUAUAGUUGAGGGCAUUAUCACCAUCUUAAGCGUGCUGCCGACACUGUUGCUCCUACCAGACUACCCAUCCCGGGCCAAGUUUCUCAGCGCGGAGGAGAAGAGUUUUGCAGAAGAUCGCCUAAAAGAUCGAGGCGGCGGGUGGAAUAGAGAGCAUGCUACGCGGAAGGAGAUCUUGGAGACGUUUUUCAGUCCACGGAUGCUGGCUCACUACCUUGCCUACGUGGCGAACGUAGUGACCCAAGGCUCAUUCACCUUUUUCGCCCCAACUAUUGUGUCCGGUCUAGGCUAUCAGAGUAUUCAUGCGCAGCUAAUGACAGUCCCACCGUGGGUUGUCGGGUUCGCGGUAGCCAUCGUGCUUUCUUACUCUGCUGAUCGGUUUGAAGCCCGUGGCUUUCAUAUCACCGUAAUUUCAACAAUCGGCGGCUUAGGCUGGCUCAUAGCUGGAUUGCUACCGCCGACUGCGUACGUAAAACGAUACGGCUGCCUCUGCAUGGCAGCAGCCGGAGCCUUCCCGGCGGCGCCGUCGAUGACGAACUGGGUAACAUGCAACACGCCGAGCUUAUUGACGAUCCCAUUCGCCAUCGCCCUGCAUAAUUCAUGCGCUGGAAUAGGACAGAUUAUCUCACAGUGGAUAUGGAAAGGAGAUGAAGCAAAGCUGGGUUACCCCACUGGGAAUUUCGUAUGCGCCGCGUGUAACUUUCUCGUGGCGAUAAUAGCGCUUUGCUUGAGGUUGUACUAUUCGAGAAUGAACAGGAAAGGGGUGAAAGAUGCACGGGGAGAGACGAGAGUCUGGGCUUACUAGUGGCUGUGAAUGGAAUGACUUUGAGACGAUGGGAGAUAAGGAUCUUUAUGGGAAGUUUUAGGGAUCGGCGGGAGGAAACAGGUCAAUAUGGUACUUUGCCAUGAUUUUGACUUUACUUCUGGCAUGUAAUGACCGCCUUGCUGCAAAGAAGAGACAUGAUUUGCUGGUUGUCAUUAGCUACUAUUAAAUACCCAAGCUAAGUACCUACAGCUCUCUGGGGACCCCUUACAAACGCCCUUUGUUUUUAUAGGCUUAAUUUCUACUUUUCUGUCGUCAGGCUCAGGGCAGUAGGCACUAGCCGCAGUAAAGAUGAUACCGAGAAAGCACUUUACAUCCAAGAGUAAACCAAUCAAAAUAUCUCGAUUCAGCGUAAGUACCUCUCAAGUAAAUAUUAAGCGAAGGAGAACUCAAUAA